GUUAGGUUCACGGUUACAUAACCUCAGUUUUUGAUAUGUAAAUAGUGAUGAUAAACACUUUUAAUGUAGUGAUAAGUGUGAUAAGACUGUGUAAACAAUGGCCGGGAGUUUGGCUGGGAAAUUGGCUUUCGUAACAGGGGCUGGGUCGGGCAUUGGCCGGGCAACUUGCGGCAUUUUGGCCCGUGAGGGGGCUUCCGUGGUCGCAGCUGACCGCAACUUGGCCAGUUGUAACGAAACUGUGACCAAUAUCGUACAAGGGGGCUCUCAGAGUCACAUCUCGUUAGAGCUGGACGUGGGGGAGCAAAAAAGCAUAGAAAGUGCCUUAAAAUCGGUGCUCCAACAGUACAAAAAGCCACCUUCAAUUAUCGUAAAUUCCGCUGGUAUCACACGCGACGAUUUUUUGGUCAAACUGACUGAAAAUAAUUUUGAUGAUGUGAUCAGGAUUAACUUAAAAGGCACGUUCAUGGUCAUUCAGACCUUCGCCAGGGCUAUAAUCGAGCAGGGGGUGCAAGGGGGCUCUAUUGUGAACAUUGCCAGUACUUCGGGCAAAUAUGGUAAUCUGGGGCAGGCCAAUUACAGUGCGAGUAAGGCCGGGGUUGAAGGUUUGACGAAAACAGCGGCUAAAGAAUUUGGGAAAUUUGGAAUUCGGGUAAAUUGUGUUUUACCAGGGAUGAUAGCGACGCCUAUGACGGACGCAGUCCCUGAGAAAGUUAGGGAGAAGAGUCUUAAAUUUAUCCCUUUGGGCCGGUUUGGCAAACCUGAGGAGGUGGGAGAAGUUAUUGCAUUUUUGGCCUCUGAUAAAAGCUCAUACGUUGAUGGGGCCUCUGUUGACAUCACUGGGGGAAUUUAAAGGUGAUUCGGGGGAAUUCGGUGAUAUUUCUUGUUAUUUGGAUCAUACACUUAUAUUUUUUUAAUAAAUGUGGAAGUUUU